AUGGCUCAGGUCAAGAUGUUAAUGGUGGUGGUGGUGAUGGUGGCGCUACUGUUGCUCGCAGAGGGAAUUGAAGGAAGGAGAGAUCCUCUAAGCAGGGGAGGUGGAGGAUCCAAAGGAGGCGAUGGAUCAAAAGGAAGCGGUGGAGGGUUGAAAGGAGGUGGUGGAUCAAAAGGAAGCGGUGGAGGAUCCAAAGGAAGCAGUGGAGGAUCGAAAGGAGGCGGUGGAUCGAAAGGAAGCGGUGGAGGAUCCAAAGGAAGCGGUGGAGGAUCGAAAGGAGGCGGUGGAUCAAAAGGAAGUGGUGGAGGGAUCUUCCCAAACUGCCCAGUCUGUUCACAAAUCAUAUUUGACGACAGUGGUUCUUCUCGGUGCUCCGCCACCUCCACCGCCACUGCCAUCGCUGCCGCCGCCGCAGCUUUGGCUGUCCUGUAA